CAGCCGCCGCAGCAGCAGCAGCCGCCGCCCCAGGCCCCCCCCAUGGAGCCCGAGGCCCCGGAUUCCCGCAAGAGGCCCCUCGAAACGCCCCCCGAGGUGGUCUGCACCAAGCGCAGCAACACGGGAGAGGAAGGCGAAUACUUCCUGAAGGUGCUGAUCCCCAGCUACGCGGCGGGCUCCAUCAUUGGCAAGGGCGGGCAGACCAUCGUGCAGCUGCAGAAGGAGACGGGAGCCACCAUCAAGCUCUCCAAGUCCAAAGACUUCUACCCUGGAACCACAGAGCGGGUAUGCCUAGUACAGGGCACAGCAGAGGCCUUGAAUGCUGUGCACAGCUUUAUUGCCGAGAAGGUCCGAGAAAUCCCACAAGCGAUGACCAAGCCUGAGGUGGUCAACAUCCUUCAACCCCAAACCACGAUGAACCCCGACAGAGCCAAGCAGGCCAAGCUGAUCGUCCCCAACAGCACGGCGGGCCUGAUCAUCGGCAAGGGGGGCGCCACGGUGAAAGCCGUGAUGGAACAGUCAGGAGCGUGGGUGCAGCUGUCCCAGAAGCCAGAGGGCAUCAACCUGCAGGAGCGCGUGGUGACGGUCAGCGGCGAGCCCGAGCAGGUGCACAAGGCUGUGAGCGCCAUCGUGCAGAAGGUACAAGAAGACCCCCAGAGCAGCAGCUGCCUCAACAUCAGCUACGCCAAUGUGGCAGGCCCCGUGGCCAACUCCAACCCUACCGGCUCUCCGUACGCCAGCCCCGCGGAUGUGCUGCCAGCCGCGGCCGCAGCGUCGGCCGCCGCUGCCUCCGGCCUGUUGGGCCCCGCCGGGCUGGCUGGCGUGGGGGCCUUUCCCGCCGCGCUGCCUGCCUUCUCAGGCACCGACCUGCUGGCCAUCAGCACGGCGCUUAACACGCUGGCCAGUUACGGCUACAACACCAACUCCCUGGGCCUGGGCCUCAACUCGGCCGCAGCCUCCGGCGUCCUGGCUGCCGUGGCCGCCGGGGCCAACCCCGCAGCCGCCGCCGCCGCCAACCUCUUGGCAUCCUACGCUGGCGAGGCCGGGGCCGGGCCAGCUGGAGGGGCCGCCCCGCCGCCGCCCCCGCCUCCCGGAGCCCUGGGGUCCUUUGCGUUGGCCGCAGCCGCCAACGGCUACCUCGGGGCCGGGGCCGGUGGCGGGGCGGGCGGAGGGGGCGGUCCGCUGGUGGCCGCUGCAGCGGCGGCCGGGGCGGCCGGGGGCUUCCUGACAGCGGAGAAGCUGGCGGCUGAGAGUGCCAAGGAGCUGGUGGAGAUUGCGGUGCCUGAGAACCUGGUGGGAGCCAUCCUGGGGAAGGGGGGCAAGACGUUGGUGGAGUACCAGGAGCUGACGGGCGCUCGCAUCCAGAUCUCCAAGAAGGGCGAGUUCCUGCCAGGCACGCGGAACCGGCGGGUCACCAUCACGGGCAGCCCCGCGGCCACGCAAGCCGCUCAAUACCUCAUCAGUCAGCGGGUCACCUACGAGCAGGGAGUGAGGGCCUCAAACCCCCAGAAAGUGGGAUGAGGCCUGUGGUGUGUGCUCCCACCCUUCUCUCUCCUCCCAUCUCCUCCUCCUCCCUCUCCUCCUCCCCCCAACUCCUGACCUCAGCUUGGUGUAGUCCUGCUCCUCUUGGGAUGGGGCUGGGGUAGGCCCGACUGCACCCUCCCCUUCUGGUAGUCAUAGGCAGGAUUGAGUGACGGUUGGGAAGGGGGCUCAGAAGCCCCCUCCCCAGCCCGGAACUGACCCCUCCUUCCUCCCUCCCUGUGCUUGGCUGGGCCUGACCCUUCCUGUCCCAGGGCCCAGGUCUGUGUGAUAUCUGUAUAUAUUGCAUUUUGUUGAUUUUAAUAGAAAAC